GCUCCCCGUCGUACACCUGCAGGGCGCAGUUCAAGGGCCCCAAGCCGGUGUCUGCCGCCGCCAGCGUGCCCCAGAUCGCCCUGGACGUCGAGAAGGCCUUCAACUACAUCCAGAAGAAGCAGCCGGUGGCCAGCUUCACGUUCGCGCUGCACUCCAUAGGGCAGCGCGAGCAGGACCUGGCCCCAGGGCCCAUCUACGCGAUACCGUCGCCCAUUGACUCCGUGCCGCACCCCACGCUGAAAAACGUGGUGAAUACCAAGUUCGGAACGGGGACCCUCCCGCAGAUCGACAAGGUGUGCCCGGGCCCCGGCACGUACGAUUCCAUGCGGGCGUCUAGGCAGGACAGCAGGUACGCGACCCAGCCGCGCUUCUCGAUCAGCGGCCGCGAGGCCAUGAGGGAGCUGGACAUGCCUCCCUCGGACGUCGCCAUCAAGGGCAAGAACGGCCGUCCCGGGAGGAUGCGAGUGUCCGGGCCGGCGCCGGGGGACUACCCGAUCGAUGGGGCCCGUGGGUCCACCGGCACCUUCAAGUCGGUGAAGUGGACGAUGCCCCACGCGGGCGGCCGCACCGAGACCAAGGGGAAGGAGACCGACGGCUUCGGCCCGGGCGCCUACGAGGUGACGAACCUGACGAACAGGGGGAAGCUGUCGUCGCCGAAGUGGAGCAUGCAGGGGCACAACCCGUGGGCCGAGUGACGGGCCGCAGUGCACACAGGCUUCCUGCGGGCUCCAGAGGAGCACUCCCCGGCUGCCCUUGCACCGCGCUCGGCCGUCGCCGCUGGCCCACCCGUGGCUGGCGCUGCGCAGGGUGGCGGUCGCCGGCAAGCGCCUGCGGCACCGCAGGGAGCGGGUAUGGUCCGGUGGUUCGAGGGUCACACUGGAACAACAGAGAGGCAGGUGCUUCUUGGGCAAGCUCCCUGCGGGCACUGCAUCGUGCGGCCUCGUGCCCCUGUUCUUAGUGCAGGCACGGAGCCGAUCACGGAGUAAGAUGCUGCCGCUGGUCCGUGCGAAGAUUGCUUCUCUUGAGCCGCACUUGCUAGUUCCUACCCUGCCCCGCGAACGCGGCUCGGACUUAGACCAUGCGUGCUCUAAUGUAUCUUCGCGCCCCCCCCAACA